GAUGCUCAUCUUAAUGAGUGGGUGGAGGCGUGUGAUAAGGCACAAGUCAAAAUCACAGCAAAGUGUGCUACGGCACAAGUCGAAGCCUGGAGGCGAUGUCAACAUGGACAACCAGACGUUGCACAAGCAGAUAACAGCCGGCCACAGUUCACCAAGGAGCUAUUUGUGGAUCACAUUACUGAGUGGAUUCCUUUACGCGCCAUUGAAAAUCUACAGCUUCGCAAUAUCUUUCUUUUGCUUCACUCUGAGCUGCAUGAGAAAGAUAUUCCUGGGCGGACCACUAUCUGA